AUGACAACGUUAGCGACAACAACAACACAACAGAAUCAUCGCAGCAACGCCAAUUUGGAUAUGAGCAUUGACUUGAGCAUUGCCGAUCUGGACAGCAUCAUGGCGACGACAACAGCUCCUUCCAAAUCGAAAUUGUUGGACGACACGUCCUCUCAAACAACUGCCACUGUGGAAGAGUCGUUCAUCAAUCAUCAAUCGUACGGUGACUUUAUGAAUCGCAGUACGCUCAUCCGACCGUUGGCCAUGAGCGACAACAGCUGUGACAAUAAUAUUAUGGGCAUGAGCAAUAAUAGCCGCGCCGGUGAUCCUUCCAUUGCCGACAUUCAACAAGUCUUUGCCAGUCAUACACGGAUCCGUGCCAUGAACAACAACAACAAUAGUCGCUUCAUGACAAAUGACAGUAGUCGACGAUCGACCAUGACGGACAGUAGUCGUCGCAAUGCCGCGAGCAGACGGGCCAUGGCGUCGGCCAUUCCCAAACUUACGACUCCAACAGCAGCAGCAACAGCAGUAAUGAUGCAAGAGAGUUGCUGUAGUCUAGACAGUAGUGCGGCUCGCGUAGGAUCACCACAAGAACAAGACGACAACGACGAACGAUUGGCCAUGAUGAUGAAGGAUCAUUCGCAUGGCGAUGAAAUGAGUCUGAUGGACUUUGAUACCGUCUGUUUUGCACCCGAGCCUGUUCCGAAAGAUCAUCGACGACGCAACGUUCCUUCCACACGACAGUGCACUACCAAGUACGCCAGAGGUUUGGGAACCUUUGCGUCCGUCGGAAGUCAAGCCAUUCGAGCUGCUUCUACUACUACAAGUACUAGUACUACUCCGACUCCCUUGGCGGUGGUGACCAAGAACACCAACAAAAAGUUACUCGACGAAAUCCAAAAGGCCAAGAAAAAGCAACCACCGGCCAAGCCACGACGUACCAGUAGUCGCAAGCAAAUCGUGCCAACAACGGCCGAACAACAACACAAACAACAACCUCCGUCCACACGACGCCCUCGUCGUCGUCGAUCCAAGAGUCCCGUCGCACGAACUGCUAGUAAUCGCAGCAGUUCCAGUCGACGAUCCAACAAUAAUAAAGAGAGAACAAGACGAUCGUCGCGCGAUCAGUCGCCACCUCCCUUGGCCCCAUCGACGGUCAAUGUCCGACGCGUCAAGUCCCACGAUGAAACCAGUGGACGACACUUGUUGCGCAAGUCAACACGGCCUUCUACGACUACUAGUAAACCCCGUCGGACCAAGAGUACCGAUGCCAUUCCUCCCCCGCCACUGGCCCGACGCACCAGUCGUGCGGCUGUCCAAAAGUCCUUUCAAGAAGUCGCCAUGACGAUUGAUCUCGGCAAUUCCGAUCAUCAUCCGGCCUUUGUCGACGACGAUGACGAUGAUGAUAGCAGCAGCAAUAACAACAAUGACUGGCAAGAGUCGGUGCGAUCCAAUCUCCUGCUCGACAUUCAACAAGUUGUCAAGGCCAAGGAAGAUACCAAGGCACGACGCAGUACCGUCAUUGAUUCGCUGUUGGACAUGUUACUCGAUGAUAUUGAUACAACGAACAACAAAAAGACCGCCAACAAACCCAGGAAACAACGACGAAACACUGCCAUGCGCAGCAGCAGUCGACGUCAGGAGUCGUCCAACAACUCGGCCAGUACGGGAAGUAGCGCUGGUAGCAGUAAUCGACGACGGGCGGCGGCUAAUGGUACUUCCAGAACCAAGUCGACCUGA